AUGGAACUAGUAGAUCGAUCGACACCAUCAUCGCCACGCGCCUCGCCUCCACUGCCACCGACAGAUGCCUCCGCCCAGCGCGCAGCCAGGGAAGUUCAACGUCCCCGUACUACCAUUACUGAUAUAAUAAAUCGCUUCAAAAAUGAUCCAGAAUGUAAAUAUCAACCGAGAAGUGGACGGCCACCAGCACUAUCAGAUCGGGAAAAACGGGAGAUAAUAAAAAUAAUAAAAAAAGAGCCAAAGACUCCAUCUUCGGAAAUCGCUGCAGUGAUAAAAGAAGGCACAGAUGACAUCGGUCUGAUUCGAGUUGGCGGUCGCCUGAGGCAUUCAACUCUUGGCUUUGAAGCGCGUCACCUGUGUAUUCUACCAAAGAAUCAUCAGCUGACGUUCUCCAUAAUUGCACAUUUUCAUCACAAGCAUCAUCAUGUAGGGCCGCAGUCACUACUUGCAGCCAUUCGCUUGCAAUACUGGCCCAUAGGUGGCAGAAAAACUGUCGCCCACGCCCUCGGUAAAUGCAUUAUAUGUUGUAAAUCGAGACCGCGACUCGCCGAGCACAUCAUGGCUGACUUGCCUAAGGAUCGCAUUGCGGCCUCACGCGCCGUUAUUGUCACUGGUGUAGACUAUUGUGGGCCGUUCUAUUAUAAGCCAGAAAUGCGUAACAAGUCCCCUCAGAAAUGUUACGUUAGCGUUUUUAUCUGCUUCGCAACAAAAGCCGUCUGGAUGGAGUUAGUGAAGGACUUAUCGACCAGCGCCUUUAUCGACGCUCUAAAGAGAUUUGUUGCUACUCGUGGCGUACCCAGCUGCAUUUGGUCAGAUAAUGCAACAAACUUCGUAGGCGCAAGAAACGAGUUGAGUGAUUUGCGACGCCUAUUUUUAAGCGAGGAGCAUCGCAGCGAGGUCCAUAACCACUGUCUCAACAAUGGGUUUGAUUGGGAUUCAUCCCGCCCCGCUCGCCGCACUUCGGCGGCUUGUGGGAAGCAGCCGUAA